GGGCACGUGACCGGAGUCGGUGGCUAUUUAUAGGCCCGCGCGCAGAGUUAUUGACCGCUCUGUGGUGCUUCCUGGCAGCGCGCAGCAGGACGGCUGCAGGGUGAAGCACGCGCGGGAGAGGAGUCGGCUUUGUAGUCAGAUGAAUUUCAGUAUGAAGCAGAAAUUGGAUGCAGGAAAAGCCUCAGGAACUAUAAAGAAGUACUUCACAGACAGUGCAAACUCAGCCCCAAGACGGACUCUUAAAAUGAUUCAGCCUUCAGCAGCAGGUUGCCUUGUUGGCAGGGUAAAUGAACCUGCUAAAUGUUCAAUCAAAAGGAAACUUUGGAGUGAUCAGCUAAUUGCAAAGACCUGCAAAGCUGAGGUUGUGGACCCAGAACAGAAAAAUGAAAAUCUGAAAGUCACUCAAGCUGUUGAUCUCAUGGUAAAAAAAAAUCCUCCCUCUCGGUAUUGGAAGGAAGUGGCUGAAGAGAGGAGGAAGGCACUGUAUGAAGUGCUUCAGGAAAAUGAAAAGCUGCACAAAGAAAUUGAACAGAAAGAUGGUGAAAUUGCCCGUCUAAAAGAAGAAAAUGAUGAGCUGGUAUUACUUGCACAACAUGUGCAGUACAUGACAAACAUGAUUGAGAGACUAACUGGGCAGGCACCUGAUGGCCUUGAGUCACUGAAAAAUCUAGACUUGGAGGAAUUUGAGCAGGAGGAUGAAGAGAGUGAUUCUGAGGGUGAUGUAGAUUGUGAUUCUGAAGAGUUGCCUUCACAGGUCUCAUGUGAUUCUAGGGAGAAUGCCACUGAUUCAUCUGCAGAGAAAGCUAGAAGUCUGUGAAAACAGCUUGGCAAACUUGAGUGGCCAGUGUGCACAUGACUUCCUAUCUUAAUUGCUAAAUGACUGUUGGAAGAAUAUACUGCCAAAGUUUACCUCAGAUAAAAGUUAUAAGUCUUGUGGAAGCUUUAAAAGUUCACAAUGGGUUUUAACUGGUAAUAUGUAGCAAUGGAAAUAGCUGUAUACUACCUAAACAAGGUAUUACAGACUGAAUUUGGUCACUUCUAUAAAAUGGAAAUACUAUGUAUUUCUAACUUGUGUAAAUAGUAUCUGUUGCUUUGACAUGAGAAUGUGUACUUUUUAAAUAAACUAAACUCUACCAAAACACUCUGCCUCUUAAAACAUGGUGCAUGGGGGACAGAUUAAGGUAUCGUACUCUGGGAGAUAUAGAAGUCUGGCAGUCACUGAGCAAACAUGAACAUACAGCAUAAGCACUUGAUAAAGUGAUACUUAGUUAAUGCCUCAUGGAACUGCUCAGUGUAAUACAAACUUAAGUACUGUAUAACUGGUUUUAGAACUUCUUUUGUCUCAAACUAGAAUUAAAGGUUAACCAUUCUCUAGGCAAGCCUUUAUGGAUGAAUUGUAAAAUCUACAGCUGGACUAUUAAGAUACAGGAUCUAGUUAUGGCAGUUCUGUUCUGCCUGUAGAAGGGCUUGGCAGCAUCAAGCUACACUCACAUAGGAUUUUCCCGCUGUCUUUCGUGAUGCGAGUUGUAUAGGCUACAGUUGCAGUUCUGGCAUGUAGUGAACUCCCAACAAAAUAGCUAUUUGGGGAGUAUCUUGCAUGGAUGGUGUUAUGGAUGGAUUAAUUUAACUCCAUUGUCCCCUGCCGUUUCUGGCAAAGACUAAGCUGCAUGAAGAGGAAAUCUACAAAUGAUUUCUGUGGAGAAAGGAAGAUAGGAUAAAUAUCCAAUGGGAACUAGUGUUGAUACCAGACACCUGUAAUCACUUCCUGCAUCUUAUCCUAAUAGAUACUCCUGAAUCCAGGUACAGCUUGCGUACACACUUCUCUCCAGUGUUAAAAGUAGUUCAGAGUAUUCACUCUUCUCCAGGAAGAGGAAAACAUAGCUAUUUACCUAGUGGG